AUGAUCAUUGCAGUUAGAACUCCAUCAGGAACAAGUAAAUUAGACCUCAAUGAUACAUCAAUCAUCAAGGAUGUAUUAUCAAAGUUAAAAGCAUUAAAUGUAAAUAUAGAAGGAGCAUUUUUAGCAUCAUCACCAAGAGGUCAACCAUUCAAGAUUGAAUCAUCAUUACAAAAUGCAGGAAUUAGAACUGGAGAUUUAAUUUAUUUAUUGGCAGGAGAAUCACCAACAGAGACUAGAAGAAAACAAGAAGAAGCUAAAAAAGAAGAGGAAGAAGAGAAUAAAGGACCAUUAACAUCAUCGUGUAAACAUGCGGCAACUGAUCGUUGUGUAUUUUGUUCAGAUGCAAAAGGAGAACAGAAAUGUGUUCACCCAGAGAAUGCAACCUGUGUCAACUGUCAAGACAAGAAGUUUUCUGGAAAGAAAUUAAAAUGGCUGUGUAACCAUCCAAAGGGAUCGAAAUGUAGUAACUGUCUUCGUGUUGGAAAGACUGUAGCCCAUAAAUGUAAUCAUGGACCUCAAGCAGUUUGUGUCAAUUGUAUGGGUAAAAAGGAUGAAACCUCUACAAACUCUUCACCAUCUUCAACUCCUGGUACUUCUUCACCAAAAAUUGAUCCAAACAAUAAUAAUAACAAUAAUAAUGAAACAUCAAAAUCAACAUUUGCAAAUAGAACAAAAGAAGAAUCUAAAUUAAGAUGUUUACAUGGACCAAAUGCAAAAUGUACAAAUUGUUUACCAAAGGAUGAUCCAAAUGCAACUGAACCACCAAAGAGAAGAUGUAAGAAUCAUGGACCAAAUGGAUCAUGUAUCGAUUGUAUAGAAUGGAGAGAGGGAUUAAAGAUGAAGUUAAAGGCACAGGAUAUUGCUCAUGCUCCAGGUGUUGCCAUCAACUUUGAGUCGGCAAAUGUUUUCCAACAAUAUAUUAGCAACAAAAAGUUUGAAGAACAACGAUGUGGAUUCCUCUAUGGCAACUAUCUCGACGAUGGUAGUGUCGUGGUUGAAUGCAUCUAUGAACCACCUCAAAAGGGAAACAAGACCAACUUUACCUUGUUGGAAGACAAGUUUAUCGACAAGGUCGAAUCAAUGGCUUCCAUGCUUGGUCUCACUCGUGUUGGUUGGAUCUUUUCCCAUCCCUCUAGAAAAUAUAUCAUGUCUUCAACUGAUAUCAUUCAAGCUGCUUCUUUCCAAAACAAGUAUGGUAAAUCUUUUGUAACUUUAAUUUUAACAAUAAAUAGUGAAGGUAAAAGUAAUUUGGAAGCUUUCCAAGUUUCAGAUCAAGCAUUAAAACUUGAAAAGACUGGAGAAUUUUUAGCAAAUCAAGAAGAUCCUACCAAAUGUAAAUUAAAGUCACCUGUAUUUGUAGAAGGUUCUGAAACUAAUUUGGCUGAUAUCAAUUUCUUUAUUGCAAAUGUACCUGUUAAAGCAAGAGAAGAUAAACCAUUUUUACAUACAACCUUUCCUGUUAAUAAUAGAAUUCCAGAAACUAGUAACUCUGAUCUUGUAUCUUACAAAAUCGAUAAUCAAGAUCAGUCAAAAUUAUAUUUCUUUUCAGAUUUCCACUUUUUAAUAUUUUUACUUAUAAAUAAUAUUUUUGAUUUAAAGACUGAUUUCCCACCAAUUUGCGAAAAUAUUAAAUCAAAGACAACAACUCAUUUGGCAAGUUACUAUGAUCUAAUUGAUGCCAUUGUUAGUCAAUUUAUUGGUUAUGAUCAUUAA